AUGGUUCUUGAAGCAGCCGUGACUCUCUUCCUGGCAGUCUGCGUCUCAGCCCUGGCUUUCCAGUGGGAGUGGGAACGGUGGCACCGAAGGAGGAAACUGCCCCCAGUGGUGAAUCUUCUGCAACAUGUGGUCCUUUUCUGGCGGUCUUGGAGGUCAGGGAUGCUCAAGCCACUGAUGGAGGUGAAAGAGAAGUUUGGGCCAGUGUUCACGUUGUAUAUGCGCUUCCAGCGGUUUGUGGUUCUCAGCAGCUACGAUGCCGUGAAGGAAGCCCUGGUGGACCACGCGGUAGAGUUUGGCAGCCGAGGUGCAAUGUACUCAUUGGAGAGAUUGUUCAAAGGUCAUGGUGUGAUCCUGGUUAAUGGUGAACGGUGGAAACAGCUCCGGCGAUUCUCCAGCUCAACCCUGAAGAAUUUCGGCAUGGGGAAAAGAAGCAUCGAGGAGCAGAUCCAGGUGGAAGCCCAGCACCUGGUAGAGGCGAUCAGGGAAAAAAAAGGCUCUCCCUUCAACCCUGCCCUCCUCACUACUCAUGCUGUAUCCAACAUCACCUGCUCCAUCGUCUUUGGGAACCGCUUCGACUACGAGGACGAGAACUUCCUGAACUUGAUGGGCAGCAUGAACAACUUUUUUCUAGAAAUGAGCAACCAAUGGAACAUGCUCUACGAGAUCUGUCCAAGGAUCCUGCAAUUCCUACCUGGGCCACACAAGCGGGUGCCGCGCAUCUACAAGACACUACACGAGUUUAUCCUGGAGAGGGUGAGGAUAAACCAGCAGAGCCUGGACCCCAGCUGCCCUCGGGACUACAUCGACUCCUUCCUCAUCAGGAUGGAACAGGAAAAGCAAAACCCACUGAGCGAAUUCCACACCACAAGCCUGGUGGAAAAUGUGAUACAAUUAUUUAUUGCUGGGACAGAAACGACUUCCUCCACCUUGAGAUACGGAUUCCUGCUCUUGGCCAAAUACCCGGAGGUGCAAGACAAGGUGCACGAGGAAAUCGAUGGGGUCAUCGGGCAGACCCACGGCCCAGGCAUGCAACACCGGAGCCGGAUGCCGUACACCAACGCCGUGAUCCACGAGAUCCAGAGAUUCGCCAACAUCCUCCCCCUGGGGCUUCUGCACAAAGUAGCCUGCGACACCCACUUCCAGGGGUACUUUCUCCCCAAGGAUACCCCUGUUUGCAUCUCUUUAAGUACAGUUCUCCACGACCCCAAAUACUUCAAGGACCCAGAAAGCUUCGACCCUGGGCAUUUCCUGGAUGAAAACGGCUGCUUCAAGCAGAAUGACGCCUUCCUGCCGUUUUCCGCAGGCAAGAGGGUGUGUCUGGGCAAGAGCCUGGCCCUCAUGGAGCUCUUCCUGAUCCUAACCACCAUCCUGCAGCGCUUCACUCUAACAUCGCCGAAACCCCCGCAGGAAAUCAACCUCACCCCAAAAGUGAACAUACUUGUGAACGUUCCCCCCAGCUACGAGCUCUAUGUCCUCCCACGGGAGGAUGGGCUGCAGGACAGGGCCUAGGAAGGCCACAGCAGACUGAGACACCAGGAGAAAGAUCAUUAUGACACCCAGCCUGCAAGGAGUCAUGACGGAGGAAGAGGUUCCACGCGAGCCCUCUUCGGUGGAAGGUGGCACUGCGUGUCGCUGGCCAUCGUAGCCCUGGUGUUUUAGCGCUUACUGUUCAUGUCUCUAUUCUGCAAAAAACAGCAGGCAGUUUGCAGCCGUAGAAGGCAGGUAGUCUGUGGGGAAGAAAAUGCUUGCUCUAGUGAUGGGAGCAGAGGGGCUAUGGCAGGACUCUGGGCUUCUUCUGCAGCUCUGCACGCGUGGCCUAGCAGUCAUGGUACUGGACGGGGAUUGGGGGCCCCUGGCUAGAGAGUGCAAUUUGGUAAUUGGAGCAGGGCGCUGAGCGUAGUCGAGAGGAAAUUCCUGCUCCUCUGCCAGGAACCAUCACUUGGGCUUUCCCUUCUGCUGGGAUUUGUCCUUUUGUUAAACUUGGUAGCAGCUACUGACAAUAAAACCUUUCCA